AUGAAAUUUUGUCAUUUUUUUUCAUUUUAUAUCUUUUCUGCCUUCAGUGUUGAGAAACGAGCGAUGCGUAACGCCUUGGUUCGCUUCGGUCGUGCAGGCGGCAUGCGGAAUGCGCUGGUCAGAUUUGGGAAGAGGUCAGCAAGCGAUGACGACUAUGAAGCCGCUAUGCAGGACAAGCGAAAUGGUGCACCGCAACCAUUUGUCCGAUUUGGCCGAUCAGGACAACUAGACCAUAUGCAUGACAUUCUAUCAACUCUACAAAAGCUCGAAAUGGCAAACUACUACUAA